AUGGGUCUCAAGCAAUUCAAUCUCGACCUCAGGGCCGCGAUAGAAGCUCUUGAUAGCUUCCCUAAUGUAUCAAAUCUGCACAAGGGCGAUUCCGAGGGAGAGAUGGCUUUCACUUAUACGCCCGAAGCAGAACAUGGAGCCGAACUACCUUCCAUCGACAUCCAAGCCCUAUCAAAGGAUGCAGACUCGUACCCAAAACACCCGGGCUUCAUGAUCUUCACUUCCUCAGAAACACCAAAAGACUUAGAGAAGUGGCUGGAAGAGACCUCUAGCUUGACCGAUGGCAUUACUAUCGCUGAUGCCAUCACAUUGAUAUCUGGGAUGCUAGCUAAAAAGCUGAGCACUUCCGAAGACCCAACUUCACAGACACCCUAUUACGGCGAAGAAUCAGAUGAUGAUGAUAUACUCUCCGAUGACGAUGACUCCUUCUAUGAAGCCGAGUUCGAUGAGAUAGAUAUCGACCCAUUACUGCCUAGCACAUCUGCCGCGGAGCACGCCGCUGAAGCCGAUGAUCCAGAAUCAAUGAUACGUUUGAAGCGUCACUUGCGAGAAGCCAAACGAGAGGGGUUCUGCAUCUCCAUCUCCCCCGAAGAAAUACGCCAGUCGUCUUUCGGUAUCUUCUCGCUCUCUAUUCAAGUAUGCAAACUUGGAAUCCCUGAAGAUGCCCUGGAAGCUUGGGGUAUUGAGCCGACAGAAAACAUCGUCAUGCUUUGCAAGCUGCCAUCUACUUAUCCUCAUGCAUUAGAUUUCCAACGUCUUUCUCCCGACCAGUCUCGGAUGAGCUUCAAACUUGGAGCGGAAGAUCCAGUAAUGCUAAAAGACGGGGACGAAGAGAGCGCUGGAUCCUUUAUUCCGCUCUUUAUGUCAUUGUCUCUUGACGCACUCCUUAACCGUUUCUUCCCAGCUCUUCUACGGCUGCGAAGAUCAGAAGGAAUAUCGUGGGACGAAGCACGAGAACUGGAAUACAACUUGAGCCUAGGUCACCAUUCGAGAGACAUGUUAGAUCACGCUCAAGACACAAUUGUCUGUCAGGACCGAGAGUCAUCUGAUGAGUCGUUUGAGCUCGAGUUCCUUCGGCAUGAUUACCUGUCAAGCAAUGCAGACGAGCUCAACAUUAUUCUUGUUGCGAUGCAAUUCGGCCUCCAGAGGUUGAUCAAAUGCACCAAGUACUGUCUGGUUUGCCAUCGAAGAGCAAAAGGAGGGUUUGAGGCCAUAAAACCUUUCGUUUGCGAGAAUGAGCUUUGUCUCUACCAGUAUUUGUCCCUGGGUUUCGGCCAGAGCAUCGAACACGAGAUUAUCAACAACCCAUACGUGGUCGACCUUCUUGUGAGCUUCUUCUAUGCUGCUGUCAUUCGCUCCCGUCUCCGCGAGUUCCCCAGAGGAUUGGGUCUCAAGUGUCCCUCGUCAGCCUUCACACCGAGUGCUUCUACCCCGGUCAGCGCAGAUGCUUACUUCAAAACUGGCCUGUUGAGGUUUGAAUCCAAAGACCUUCAUACCUGUAGAACUAUCAAAGCGGGCCAUUGGCUGAUGCUUUACGUCCCUGGAGCCAAUACGCUGGAUUCGCAGGCACCAGUCAUGAGAAGACAGCGCGAAAAACAUCUAUGUUAUAUCGAAUCGUGCAUCGAUACCGACUUUACAUUCAAGGUCAUGCAUACGUUCACGAGUCUUGAAACCAUCGGACAGGAAGCUCCAGAAAUUUCUGUGAAUCAAGUCACUCAACCUACCCCGGGUGGUGUAAGAGUAUUGAUUCACAAGUAUGGUCAAGACAUCGACGAACUUGAAAUUGUGCAUCGUGAUGAAGCACUUCGCUUCAUGGCAAGUUGCAUCCCACCCGUGCAAACAAUGAGACAAUACCUCAUAGAGGUACCCGGGCGCCAGCUAUCCUCCUGGAGAGGAAUCGAAGGGUCAACACUCCGUCUGCUGAAUUGGAUCGUUGCCUCGAAUAGGUCACAUAUUGUACUGGACAACCAAGUUACUGGUGCAUCUGCAGCAAAGGAACAAACACAGAAUAGCAGCGCCAGCAGCAGACGUUCCCGCAGCGCGGACCACCAGUGGAUGCAGUUUCGCUUUGCCCAGGGUUCUCCUGAAAAGGAACACAUUUUCUUCGAUGAGCUACAGAAAAUACCGAGAUUCCGAACCGGCAAAACCUACCAAACACUCUUUGCAUGGCAUGGAAGCCCUCUUUCCAACUGGCAUAGUAUCAUCCGAACCGGUCUUGACUUUUCUAACACACUUCAUGGCCGUGCCUAUGGGGACGGCGUUUAUUUGGCAAGAGAUUUCGAUACUAGUUUCGCAUAUUCCGACCGUGAAAAUACGAAAGUGUGGCCAAGCUCAGCAUUGAAGGCCACGAGUGCUAUCAGCAUGUGUGAGAUCGUCAAUAGUCCAUCUCAAUUUGUGUCAACGAAUCCAUUUUUCGUCGUCAACAGGAUCGAUUGGAUACAGUGCCGCUAUCUCUUUGUCCAAACCCAUCUACGGCAACCAGAACCCUCGAUUUCCCCAUCCUGUGAAAGAAUGUUUUCUGAGAGGGUGCAGGGCGAGGACUAUAUCGAACAAGACCCUGCUUAUAAAUUAACUCAUGGAACGCAGCCAGUUCAUAUCCCUCUAUCAGCCAUACCAAAAUCUCGCCGGCGUGCACUCGGAAAAGACCAGCAGAAUGGCCCGGGCUCAUCCAUAGGCCAUCCUAUCGUGGUCGAUGAUUCGGAUUCAAACGGAAGCCCUGAUCUCAACGGCUCAGACUCUUUGGAAAGCCCGGAGACAAGUGAUGAUAUCGAUGUUCUGCUAGCCUCGGAUGAUGAGGGUGAUGCUCUCCAGUCGGUGGGAACACGAAAAAGACGGCGGACGUCUACAGACUCGGGUCUGGGUGAAGCGCAACGGGGACCUGACGAUGUAACACCAUUUCAACCAGGUCAGCUUGACAUUGAUUCUCUUCCUAAGCUUGCUGAGCCUACGUGGGCAUCAUCGUCACCAGCUGCUCUACGCGCACUCAACGGCCAGAUCAAAGACCUACAAAAGACCCAGUCCAAGACCAACUUAGCCACGCUGGGAUGGUACAUUGACUUUGACAAGCUGGAUAAUCUCUUUCAUUGGUUCGUCGAGCUUCACAGUUUCGACAGGGACUUACCACUUGCCAAAGACAUGGCCAGUCAUGGAUGCUCGAGCAUCGUGCUUGAGCUUCGAUUUGGUGCUUCUUUUCCGAUAUCGCCUCCUUUUGUUCGAGUGGUACGGCCUCGCUUUCUACCUUUUGCUCAAGGAGGUGGAGGUCAUGUCACCGUUGGCGGCGCUAUAUGCUCAGAGCUGCUCACAAACUCAGGCUGGUCCCCGGCUCUUUCAUUGGAAAAGGUUUUCCUUGAAGUCAGAUUGAAUCUCUGCGAAAGGGACCGUCCAGCUCGUCUCGAAAUUUCCCGUCAUAUAGGUUUGGGGACAAUGGACUACAGUAUGUUCGAGGCUGUGGAUGCGUUCCGACGAGCGGCUGCAGCCCAUGGGUGGCAGAUCCCUUCCGAUCUUCAGAUGUUGCAAUCCAUGAGUAACGUUACGGAGACUUAG